UUCUGAUUUGGAUUUUAGCUAUGAUGGGGGAAUUAUCAGAGAAUUGAAUGUUCAUUCCCAAGAUCAAUAUCAAUCUACCAAUCUACUUGAUAUCUCAUCUACAUUCAUCUGCUAUUAAAGCCUCAAACUUGACACUGCAAGCCGAUAUCGUACUUGUCUAUACGACUUAGACUACUAUGUCUUCCAACACAACCAACUACGACACUUCCAUGGGAGGUAAUGGUCAAUCACAAUCCACCCAGUCAUACAUGCUUCAGCAAUACCUCCGCGCUGAUGCGACUGUCACCGAACGUUGCUCUGGGUUCUCAAAGUCAAGCGACAGUACGAAGAGUCGCGAGGAUAAAGCGCGAGACCAAAUCAAGGCGUUUGAUGAUAUUUUCGCGAAGAGCAGCGGAAAUGGGAAAUGAAUGAUAGGCAUUUCGCCGGGUAUUUUUCAACUUUUCGAAGCUCAUAGCGACGACGGGUUGGCGUUUUCAGGAUGGGUAUGGUAACUUGGGUAUACGUUCGGGGGGUAAUAGAAAAGAGGGAAUGUAACUUUGUCGUUAGAACCGGAGACGACGACGCGCCGGCGCUCAUUA